CACACACGCACGCAAACACACACACAGGAAUAUUUGGUUUUUGUUUAAUUUACAUCUUUAAAACAUUAACGUUCUGUGUUGUGCGAUGUGGACAGACUUGUGGAUUCUGGUGGCAGUAAUUAGUUUUCCUGGAGGAUUAGCCUACAAGAAUAUUCGUUUGCAGGACACACUUUGCUCGGAUGCUUUGCUUUAUACGUUAGCUAAACCUUUUCGUGGCGAUCCUACUGUCCGUUUGGAAUUCGACGAAUAUUCAGGUUCCAUAGUGACACAAACAUGGAAUCUAACUUUGCCUCUGGGUCACGCGGCAAACAAAAUCAAGUACAACUGCCAAUUCCGUGUUGUGACCAACGAACGUCCUCCUCGAGGUAUCUACACAAUCAUUACAAAGCUAAAGUUCCGCAAAGAUCCGGUCUCACAAAAGUGCAUCGACUACAUCCAAUUCUCAAGUGGCAAUCGUCCUCCUAGUGAGAAGAUUUGCAAUGACAUUGCCAUUGAUGGUCAUGCUGGGCGUCUGAUUUUUGACCAACGGGAUCGCGAUGUCAAUAUCCAUAUUUACAUUGAGAGAGAUCGCCAUAUCUUUGGUGAACCGCUGGAACUGCGUAUGGUUCUGACAGCCCACUCUGAGUGCCAGUUCAAUGGUGAUUUUCUAUGCAAUCCAAAGGAUCCGUACUCCUGCAUAUCACGGCAUUUUGUGGGAGACAAUGUUACAAAUUGCUUGUUCCCAUGCCGGGAUGAGGGUACUUGUUUUCACGAUGUCAUUGCCGCUGAGGAAAUGGACACCACAAAUGUGGCUAUAUCGGCCAUAACAUCGCUGAUCUUCACCAUGCUGGGCGUGGGUUUCUGCGUAUGGGUCUGUUGGAAAUACUGGAACUGUAUCACAGUUCAGCAGCGUGCACACGAAGCCUCUGCGGCACGGUUCAAUCAGCGCAGGGCAAGGUCUGAUGUACCCACUAUUGAAUUGCCAACGGCUCCAUCCUAUGACGAUGUUGGUGUUGUCACAAGUGAGCCAGAGCAGCAGUCAACAACACCGAAAGAUUUGCCGCCCAGCUAUGAAUCUCUAUUUCCAGAUAGAUAAAAGGCUCAGCCCUAGAAUCGAUUAUAGAUUGUUUUGCUCCACUCUGUGCCAGUAUAGGUUAGCACAAAGCAAAAUCAUUGUUAUUCCCUUACACUGCCCCCCUUUCCCCACUCUAUAGAAUUUUAUAGUGCUCCGAGAAAUGUAUUCGAUGUAAAUACUCCACAAGUUAGGACUGAUUUUAUGUUUUCUGUUUUUUUUUAGUUAUGGUGUUUACACUGUCCCCUUUCCCCCCUCUAAAGUAUUUUAUAGUGUUCAGAGAAAUGUAUUCCAUGUAAAUACUCCACAAGUUAGGACUGAUUUUAUGUUUUCUGUCGUUUAGGUCAACAACAUUGAGAUUUUUGUUUUAUUUUUAUUUUUGUACAUAUUUAAUUGAAUUUUGAUUUUAUUAUUUUCUAUAGUUUUUUCUUUUUCUUCGUAAGUCCUAUUGCAGCGACCUUUAUUUUUGUAAUGUUCAAUAUUCUAUCUAAUGUAAAGAAUUCUCACAAUUCACUGUUGAAAUCUCACGAAAUUAUCGAAAAUGUAUCAAUUAUUUACCUAAAUAAGGCACAAACAAAAAUUAUUAUUAAGUGAUCAGAAAAGAGAUAAUGAUCUUCAAAGUAUUUGUCUUCUAUAUUGGUAGAUAGCCGUAAUUAUUUGUAAUGUUAAGAACUUUAAUCCUAGAUCAGCUCAAAUGGCUUUCUAGUAGAAAUGCAGGCACGCUUUUUGUAUUAACUGUAUUGUAGUUGGGAAAAACAAAACAAACAAAAAAAAAGACAUUGUCAAUUGUUUAAACACAAGUGUUAAUCGUAUGAAAUUCCUACAAUAUGCAUUCCAAAUAUGAAACAAACAAAUCUCGAAUACUCUAAUACGUAUUUAAU